AGGAGGCCGAUCUGUCUGGAAGAUUUGCGCAAUCUGUACUUUACGUUCUCUUCUCUUGGUACACAAAUUGCUCUAUAAAACACCCAGAGGGCAGAGAGAGAGAAGGAGAAUCUGUGAUGUCCUGCAGGUUGACAGCCAUAAUGAGCCUCAUCAAACCCACAGGUGCCAGAGUCCACGUCCUGCUCUCUGUUUUAAUCGGCCUGUUGGUUUUUGGAGCCGUCGCUCAGGCCGCAGACAGUCCAGAGGAUGAACUGGUCACCCUGAGGCUGAGAUUCGACUCUCUGAAGGAUCGCUACAGACUCCUGUGUGAAAAUUAUUCCGACCUGGCGAACAACUGUUCAGCACCAGUGCUCAACUGCUCUGAGUGUCCUGCAGGGUGGUUUCAGGUGGCGGAUCAGUGCUUCCAAAUCAGCACUGACAGACAGGACUGGUUGACCAGUGCAAAUAUCUGUGCACUAGGAGGCAGGCAUCUUGCCAUUUUGAACACAAUGGCACAGCACGAAGCUGUGGAAAAAGAGAGCAGAAGGAUUGGAGGGUUUUACACACACUACUGGAUUGGACUGACUGACGUAGAGAAAGAGGGAGAAUGGAAAUGGGUGGACAACUCAACACUUGAAAACCCAUCUUGGAACAUCCUGAAAUCAGAGCCAGACAACAACCUGUCCGAUGGGCCUAAGGGCGAGGACUGUGCUGUGGUGGACAGCCGCUCUCAGAGCUGGUACGAUGUUCCCUGCUCCUACAAGUAUCCUCGGAUCUGUCAGAUGGCUGCCACCCCACUCCACUGACACCAACCUUCACCCCCAUCUCCAGUCAUAUGCAGGGUCACUCAUGAAAGAGGCUGAUUUACUCAGGACCCUGUUUUAUUUUAAGUAAUAAAGUAUAAUUUUCUGCUACAAAUACAAGAAA